GCUCUAGCCAACAUCGACAUCGGAAGCCUGAUCUGUAAUGUAGGAGCUGGUGGUGGUGGUGGGGCUCCAGCUGCAGCUGCUCCUGCUGGUGGUGCUGCACCCGCGGGUGGUGCUGCCCCUGCUGAGGAGAAGAAAGAAGAGGAAAAGAAAGAAGAGUCAGAGGAAUCUGAUGAUGACAUGGGCUUUGGUCUUUUUGACUAAUUAGUUUUGUACCUGCCUGUAAUAAAGAACAUUUAAUUGUA